AUGGCCAUCGAAGAUCCAAAGAUAGUGGAGAUCUCUGCCACCCAGAAAGAUUCUCCUGAGGCAAGUGAUUCAAGUUUGGAUGAAUCAGAUAGAGAAUGGCAACAACAAUAUUCCCAUUCUGGAGAAGGUACUUUUGAGGUCAAAGAGGGACACCAGUUUUAUCGCCCCAUUGAUAGCUAUGAGGGGAUUCAUCGUUGGGACCCCAACUUUGAAUGGACGAAGGAGGAAGAGCAGAAGAUUGUCAGAAAGAUUGACAUUCGUGUCUUGACUUUUGCUUGCGUGACGUUCUUCGCAUUACAACUUGAUCGAGGUAACAUCAGUCAAGCCUUGGCAAGUACCCUCUUGGAGGACUUGAAGAUGACCAGCAAUGAUUAUAACCUGGGGCAAACUAUCUUUCUGGUUUGCUUUCUCCUAGCUGAGAUGCCCUCUCAGUUAAUAUCCAAGCGAUUAGGUCCCGACCGUUGGAUUCCCACUCAGAUGGUACUCUGGAGUAUCGUUGCAUCCUGUCAAGCUUUUCUCAAAAAUAAACACGCAUACUUUGCAACAAGGGCCUUACUAGGUCUUCUAGAAGGUGUAUCCCCGACACCGUUCUCUUCUUAUCCUUCUUUUUACAAAUCCAACGAACUACCGAAGAGACUCACUUGCUUUUGGGUCACAUAUACAUUCACUGGGAUUAUCGGAGCGUUUUUAGCAUUCGGACUCCUCCAUAUCAAAAGCUCAGAUGGCUUGGGUCCAUGGCGAUAUGUCUUCGCCUACGAAGGUCUGAUCACUGGGGUAAUCGGAAUUAUCGCUGCUUUUUGGAUGCCAGCCUCCCCAGUUCAAACAAAGGGCGGACUGCGGGGCAAGAAUGGCUGGUUCAAUGAGCACGAGGAGAAGAUUAUAGUGAAUCGAGUUCUUCGAGAUGACCCCAGCAAGGGCAGCAUGCAUAACCGCCAAGCCGUUACACCUAAGCUGCUGUGGCAGUCAUUACAGGACUAUCAUAUGUGGCCAAUUUACGGCAUAGGGUUGAUUUGGCAGAUUCCCUUCACACCAGCCACCAAUUAUCUGACUCUGCAACUAAAAGAAGUCGGCUUUGCCACGUUCCAUGUCAAUUUGUUGACGAUUCCAGCUGCUAUUGUUUCCAUCAUCACUAUUACUGGAACCACUUGGCUUGCAGAACGCACAAACCAGCGCUUUUUCCUAGGUGCUGCAGUUGAAGUGUGGAGCUUGAUUCUGCUAAUUGUGCUCGAGGUGCUUCCCGAGAAAAGCAUGCCAUGGCCUAGAUGGGCUAUAUUGACUCUUCUUGUUGGGAAUCCCAGUAUUCACCCUGUUCUUGUGGCCUUGACUUCACGGAAUGCGGGAUCUGUGCGGACACGCACAGUUGCCUCGGCACUAUACAACAUGUCGGUCCAAUUAGGUGCUAUCUCUGGUGCCAACGUCUAUCAAGCCUCCGAUGCGCCCUAUUAUAAGCACGGAAACAAAGUUUUGAUUGCACUUGCAGUAGUCAGCUUCUUCCUUUUCAUUUCAGCCAAGUUUUACUACGAUUGGUUGAACAGACGCAACGCUGCCAAAUGGGAAGCAAUGACUAGCGAGCAGCGGGAGCAAUACCUCAGCGAGAACCCAAUAUUGACUAAUAAAAGGCUGGACUUUCGAUUCUCUCGGUGA